UGUUCGAUUUUCCGUCGGCCAUCAUUCAGUUGUCUGCUUGCGAGAAGAACAGUGGUGAAGAUAUCCAAAGCGAAAAGUGCGUAGUUUCAUUCGUGCUGUGAAAAGUUAGCAUAAAAUCUUGAAAUUUGAAUAAUUUCUGUGCUCUGAAGAUUCGCUUAGAGAAUGCAGAUUUUCGUCAAAACCCUGACCGGCAAGACCAUCACUUUGGAGGUCGAACCUUCGGAUACCAUCGAGAAUGUGAAAGCCAAGAUCCAGGAUAAGGAAGGCAUCCCUCCAGACCAACAGCGUUUGAUCUUUGCUGGUAAGCAGCUUGAGGACGGUCGAACUUUGUCCGACUACAACAUCCAGAAGGAGUCAACCCUUCAUUUGGUCCUGCGUCUGCGUGGUGGUAUGCAGAUCUUCGUGAAGACCCUGACCGGAAAGACCAUCACUCUGGAGGUCGAACCCUCGGAUACCAUCGAGAACGUGAAGGCUAAGAUCCAGGACAAGGAAGGCAUUCCUCCAGAUCAGCAGCGUCUGAUCUUUGCCGGUAAGCAGCUCGAGGAUGGCCGUACCCUAUCCGAUUACAACAUCCAGAAGGAGUCUACCCUUCAUCUGGUCCUGCGUCUGCGUGGUGGUAUGCAGAUCUUCGUGAAGACCCUGACCGGUAAGACAAUCACUCUGGAGGUCGAACCGUCGGACACCAUCGAGAAUGUCAAGGCCAAGAUCCAAGACAAGGAAGGAAUCCCUCCAGAUCAGCAGCGUCUGAUCUUCGCCGGUAAGCAGCUCGAGGACGGUCGUACAUUGUCCGACUACAACAUCCAGAAGGAGUCAACUCUUCAUUUGGUCCUGCGUCUGCGUGGUGGUAUGCAGAUUUUCGUGAAGACCCUGACCGGUAAGACCAUCACUCUGGAGGUCGAACCCUCGGAUACCAUCGAGAACGUGAAAGCUAAGAUCCAGGACAAGGAAGGCAUUCCUCCAGAUCAGCAGCGUCUGAUCUUCGCCGGUAAGCAGCUCGAGGAUGGCCGUACCCUUUCCGAUUACAACAUCCAGAAGGAGUCUACCCUUCAUCUGGUCCUGCGUCUGCGUGGUGGCAUGCAGAUCUUCGUAAAGACCCUGACCGGAAAGACCAUCACUCUGGAGGUCGAACCGUCGGACACCAUCGAGAAUGUCAAGGCCAAGAUUCAAGACAAGGAAGGAAUCCCUCCAGAUCAACAGCGUUUGAUCUUCGCCGGUAAGCAGCUCGAGGAUGGUCGUACUUUGUCCGACUACAACAUCCAGAAGGAGUCAACUCUCCAUUUGGUUCUGCGUCUGCGUGGUGGCAUGCAGAUUUUCGUGAAGACCCUGACCGGUAAGACCAUCACUCUGGAGGUCGAACCCUCGGAUACCAUCGAGAACGUGAAGGCUAAGAUCCAGGACAAGGAAGGCAUUCCUCCAGAUCAGCAGCGUCUGAUCUUCGCCGGUAAGCAGCUCGAGGAUGGCCGUACCCUAUCCGAUUACAACAUCCAGAAGGAGUCUACCCUUCAUCUGGUCCUGCGUCUGCGUGGUGGCAUGCAGAUCUUCGUGAAAACCCUGACCGGAAAGACCAUCACUUUGGAGGUCGAACCGUCGGACACCAUCGAGAAUGUCAAGGCCAAGAUCCAAGACAAGGAAGGAAUCCCUCCAGAUCAGCAGCGUCUGAUCUUCGCCGGUAAGCAGCUCGAGGACGGUCGUACAUUGUCCGACUACAACAUCCAGAAGGAGUCAACUCUUCAUUUGGUCCUGCGUCUGCGUGGUGGUAUGCAGAUUUUCGUGAAGACCCUGACCGGUAAGACCAUCACUCUGGAGGUCGAACCCUCGGAUACCAUCGAGAACGUGAAGGCCAAGAUCCAGGACAAGGAAGGAAUCCCUCCAGAUCAACAGCGUUUGAUCUUUGCUGGUAAACAGCUCGAGGACGGUCGUACUUUGUCCGACUACAAUAUUCAGAAGGAAUCUACCCUCCAUCUGGUUCUGCGUCUGCGUGGUGGCAUGCAGAUUUUCGUGAAGACCCUGACUGGAAAAACCAUCACUCUGGAGGUCGAACCGUCGGACACCAUCGAGAACGUUAAAGCUAAAAUCCAGGACAAGGAAGGCAUCCCUCCAGACCAACAGCGUUUGAUUUUCGCUGGCAAGCAGCUCGAAGAUGGACGUACUCUUUCCGACUAUAAUAUCCAAAAAGAAUCUACACUUCACCUUGUCCUUCGUCUUCGCGGUGGAAACUGAAUCAAAGCGCCGAGUAAAAUGUGGACAAUUGUCACAACAUUUUAAACUUUCAUCUAUCUUAAUAAAUAUUGGAAUUUUUCUCGGUGUCUAAAUCCUUUACAUAUUCCUCGUAAAAUUGCAAGUAGUAGAAACAUAGAAAGCACCCCAAAUCCCAGAACAUAACGCAGUUUCUUCAUCAAUGUAGUGCUUUCUCUCUUGUAACGGUUUUUGAUGAAUAAAUAAAACGCUAGAAAAUGAA